CUAAACCCUACUUACUGCUUCUAGAAUCUUCGACGAUCUGCUUCAUUUGUCAAUUUAGCUUCUUCUUUAGUUCGAUCUGAUCUGAAGCAAUUGCAAUCUUCUCGGUUGUGUGAGAAUCAAUCACCAUGUAUCGUCUUGUCACCAACGUUGCUUCCAAAGCUAGGAUUGCCAGAAAUUGUACAAGCCAGAUUGGAAGUAGGCUCAAUUCCACUAGGAAUUAUGCUGCAAAAGACAUAAGGUUUGGUGUUGAAGCUCGGGCUUUAAUCCUUAAGGGUGUCGAGGAUCUUGCUGAUGCAGUUAAAGUCACUAUGGGACCUAAGGGUCGUAAUGUCAUCAUCGAACAAAGCUGGGGUGCACCAAAGGUGACAAAAGAUGGUGUCACUGUUGCCAAGAGCAUUGAGUUCAAGGACAGAAUUAAGAACGUUGGUGCCAGUCUUGUCAAACAGGUUGCUAAUGCCACAAAUGACGUAGCUGGUGAUGGAACAACAUGUGCUACAGUCCUAACUCGAGCUAUCUUCACGGAAGGUUGUAAAUCAGUUGCCGCUGGAAUGAAUGCAAUGGACCUUAGACGUGGUAUCAAAUUGGCAGUUGAUACUGUUGUGACGAACUUGCAGAGCCGAGCACGCAUGAUUAGCACUUCUGAAGAAAUUGCCCAAGUUGGAACAAUAUCAGCUAAUGGAGAUAGAGAAAUUGGUGAACUGAUUGCAAAGGCUAUGGAAACUGUUGGCAAAGAGGGAGUGAUCACAAUUCAAGAUGGCAAGACCUUGUUUAAUGAGCUGGAAGUUGUUGAGGGUAUGAAGAUUGACAGAGGAUACAUCUCCCCAUACUUCAUAACUAACCCGAAAACCCAAAAAUGUGAACUAGAAGAUCCUCUUAUUCUUAUCCACGAGAAGAAAAUUUCCAAUAUAAACGCUAUGGUGAAAGUCUUAGAACUGGCCCUCAAGAAGCAAAGGCCGCUGCUGAUCGUUGCUGAGGAUGUGGAAAGUGAUGCUCUUGCCACCCUCAUUCUGAACAAACUUCGUGCUGGAAUCAAGGUCUGUGCUGUGAAGGCCCCUGGUUUUGGAGAGAACCGAAAGGCCAAUUUACAUGAUCUAGCUGCCCUCACCGGAGCCCAGGUAAUAACAGAAGAGUUAGGUAUGAAUCUCGACAACAUUGACCUCAGUAUGUUUGGAAACUGCAAGAAGAUAACUGUAUCCAAAGAUGAUACUGUUGUUCUCGAUGGGGCUGGUGACAAGCAAGCAAUUGGGGAACGAUGUGAACAGAUACGAUCCAUGGUUGAAGCGAGCACGUCUGAUUAUGACAAGGAGAAGUUGCAAGAAAGGUUGGCUAAGCUUUCGGGUGGUGUUGCUGUACUAAAGAUUGGAGGAGCGAGUGAGACAGAAGUUAGCGAAAAGAAAGAUAGAGUAACUGAUGCUCUAAAUGCCACUAAAGCAGCCGUAGAAGAGGGUAUUGUUCCAGGUGGUGGUGUUGCUCUUUUGUAUGCUUCGAAAGAACUUGAUAAGCUUUCCACAGCUAACUUUGAUCAGAAAAUUGGUGUUCAAAUCAUUCAAAACGCUCUCAAGACACCUGUUUACACGAUUGCUUCCAAUGCUGGAGUCGAGGGUGCAGUUAUCGUAGGCAAGCUGUUGGAGCAAGAUAAUCCUGACCUUGGUUAUGAUGCUGCUAAAGGAGAAUAUGUCGACAUGGUAAAAGCCGGUAUUAUUGAUCCUUUGAAAGUGAUCAGAACCGCAUUGGUUGAUGCUGCAAGUGUCUCGUCUUUGUUGACAACGACUGAAGCAGUUGUGACUGAGAUUCCAACGAAAGAGGUUGUGUCUCCGGGUAUGGGUGGCGGCAUGGGUGGCAUGGGCGUGGAAGCUGCUACACGAACGAGACCAUUGCAGAUCAAUCCUGGUGACUUAGAGGCUGCUCAUCUAGAUGAACUCAUAAGGGAAAUAGAACAGAGGAGUCUCUUUUACUACCAAGAGAAAAACAAGUCUUUGAGAGCUCGUUAUGUCUACGGAACCAUCUUCUUGAUUAUAAACCUAUGCGCUUGGUUUAUCCGUGACUACGCACAAAAGGCUCUGGCCUUGCUUCCAUAUGUCAGUAGUUGUGGACCAGAAGGAAGUCAUUGUUUCCAUACGCUUGGAGUACUUCGCAUAUUUUACUUUAUUAUGUUCCUCUCAACAUGGAACACAAUGAAACUCCACGAAGCUCAAAACAGUUGGCACUCGGAUAAUUGGAUCUUCAAGUUUUUUCUGCUGGUUUUAGUCACGGUAGCUUCUUUCUUCAUACCUCAGCUUUACAUCCAAAUUUACGGGGAAAUCGCGCGUGUUGGUGCAGGGAUAUUUCUUGGUCUUCAACUUGUAAGUGUUAUCGAAUUCAUCACUUGGUGGAAUAACUAUUGGAUGCCUCAUGACCAAAGUAAGCAAAGCUGCUCUUUUGGUUUGGUCAUGUCAAUAGUUUUCUACAUCGGUUCUGUUUGCGGGAUUGCAGUGAUGUACUACUUUUAUGCAGCUUCGACUGCUUGUGGCCUCAAUAUGUUCUUCAUCUCAUGGACUGUUGUUCUUUUAAUCGUUAUGAUGGUUAUGUCCUUGCAUUCAAAGGUGAAGAAUAGAGGACUUUUGUCUUCUGGGAUUAUGGCUUCUUACAUUGUCUUCCUAUGUUGGUCUGCGAUCAGAAGCGAACCUUCACAUACAAAAUGCAAUGCACAUACUCAAAACGGUCAUACUGAUUGGACUACAGUAUUGAGUUUCCUUAUAGCUAUAGUCGCCAUUGUGAUGGCAACAUUCUCAACCGGGAUCGAUUCAGAAUCCUUCAGGUUCGAGUUCCGUAAAGAUGAAGCGAAAGAAGAAGACGAUAUACCAUACAGCUAUGGAUUCUUCCACCUUGUGUUCUCCUUAGGAGCAAUGUACUUUGCUAUGUUGUUUAUCAGCUGGAACCUUUCACAUUCACCUCAAAAAUGGAGCAUUGAUGUUGGAUGGACAAGUACAUGGGUGAAGAUAGUGAACGAGUGGUUUGCUGCAGCGAUUUAUCUUUGGAAGUUGAUUGGUCCUAUUGUGAGACAGCCUAGAGUUCACGAACAACCUCAGCCAACAGCAGCAGAAGUGGACAGAUAGAUAGACAUUUGCUAGAAGUUUUGAAGUUAAUACAGAAUCUUUGAGGUC